AUGAUCGAGUGGGGUGGGGUCUUCAAAAAUGAAGUCCCAGAGCACAAGCACAUGUUUGAGGUUGAGCUGCAGGGUGACUUGAAGAAUUUCUUCAAGCACUGGCCUCAAGGAUUCCGCUGGACGUGCUGCGGCUUGGCACUCAGUACGGAUGCGACCAUCAUGGUUCCGGGAGCAAGCCGUGCACAUGCGAUUUCUGCAGAAUGGGCAAGCCUGUCACGGAUGAGAUCUUCAAUGAGAAGAAUUCUGCGAAUUAUGGUUUGCAGCUGCGUCGAGGACCUGACCCACGUUCCAGCCUAUAUAAUGCUCCGAUCGCCACUAUCUGUCGUCAAGCUCGUGCCAUGCCUAGCUAGGAUGUGUACACGAUAA